AUGCUGAACUAUUACAAUAGAUUCUUAGCGAAUUUGUCUCACUUGUUGAAGCCGCUACAUGUACUUCUACAGAAAGACACAAAAUGGAGUUGGGGAAAAGAACAGGAAAAAGCGUUCAUAGAGUCAAAACAGCUGUUGAAAUCCGCAUCAGUACUUGUACAUUUCGAUCCGAAAAAGAAAUCAAUACUAUCUAUGGUGCUUAGAUACAUUUUGAAUGGAUGGCCGUCAAAAUGUCCAAAUGAAGAAAUAAGACCGUAUUAUAGUAGGAAAAAUGAACUCAGUAGUCAGGACGGAUGCAUAUUGUGGGGAGGAAGAGUAAUUAUACCACAACCAGGACGUGAAGCCAUGUUAAAUGAAUUACACCAAGGACAUCCAGGGAUUACUAGAAUGAAAAGUCUAGCAAGAAGCUACAUAUGGUGGCCGGGAAUGGACAAUUACUUGGAAUUAACUGUAGUUAAUUGUUACAGUUGUCAGGAAAACCGCAAGUUACCAGCAGAAGCACCGUUACAUCCGUGGGAAUAUCCGAGCCAUCCGUGGUCAAGAAUACACAUAGACUUUGCAGGACCAUUCAUGAACAAAUCAUUUCUAAUUAUGGUUGAUGCGUAUUCAAAAUGGAUAGACAUACACGUAAUGAAUUCUACAACAUCCGAAGCUACGAUUGCAAAACUUGAACAAACGUUUGCAACACAUGGAUUAUGUGAUCUCAUUAUUAGUGAUAAUGGAGCCGCAUUUACUAGCAAGGAAUUCGCCGAUUAUGUGAAAUCAAAUGGAAUUGAGCAUCGUACUUCUGCGCCGUGGCAUCCAGCUAGUAAUGGUUGUGCUGAACGAGCAGUGCAGAGUUUCAAAGAAGGUAUGAAGAAAAUCAAAGAAGGAACUGUCCAAGAGAAGUUGAACCGUUUUCUUUUCAACUACCGUAUAACGCCACAAACAACGACAGGAUUGGCACCAUCAGAAUUGCUUAUGAAAAGGAAACUCAAGUCGCGUCUAGAUUUAGUUUUUCCAAAUAUCGAGAAGCGAGUUCAGGAGAGACAACAAAAACAAAAACAUUAUCACGAUAAGAAAUCUGUGAACAGACAAAUUAAUGUAGGACAGGGAGUAUUUGCCCGAAAUUUCGCAAUUGGUUCGAAGAUUAAAUGGAUUCCGGGAGAAGUUAUAAAACAAUCAGGACCACUUUCAUUUCAUAUUAAAUUGGAAGAUGGACGUGUCAUUCGGAGACAUAUUGACCACAUCAGAGUACGGAACUUCGAAUGCACAAACAAUGAAAAUGAAGAAAAAUAUGACAAUGACAGUGAUUUGUUUGAACCAGAAAUAACUAUACCGAUAAGUACUCCUGAGACCGAACAACCGCAAGUAGAGAAACCGUUAAACAUCACUGAACAAAUGGAACCACGCUAUCCGAAGAGGAUAAGAAAAGAACCAUCGCAUUUAAAGGAUUUUGUGUUAAAAUAA